UUUCGCUUUCCAUCUCCCAAACUGCGCCAAGCAGCGCGAUGGCUCCAGCGCUGGGGCUGGGGGCGCUCCUGGUGCUCCUGGCGCUGCCGGGGGGCUCGGGGGGGCAGCCGAAGGUUCUCCACUCCCUGCGUUACCUGCACGUGGCGGUGACGGAGCCCAGCCCAGGGAUCCCUCAAUUCAUGGCCCUGGGAUACGUGGAUGGGAUCCCCAUCAGCCGCUAUGACAGCGAACGGCGCCGGACGGAGCCGCUGACGCCGUGGAUGGCAGCUGAACUUGAGCCGGAAUAUUGGGAUGGACAGACCCAGAUCGGCGAGAGGAACCGGAUCGUGGCUGCCAACAACCUGGAAGUAGGGCGGAAUCGGUACAACUGGAGUGGGGGUCUCCACACGUGGCAGCAGCUUCAUGGCUGUGACCUCCUGUCUGACGGGAGCGUCCGUGGAUACUAUCAGCAAGGCUACGACGAGCAGGAUUUCCUCUCCUUUGAGCUGGGAUCCAGGAGCUUCGUGGCGGCCGAUGGAGCUGCCCAGAUCACCAAGAGGAAAUGGGAACACGAUGGGAUCGAGGUGGAGAGACGGACACAUUACCUGGGGAACAUCUGUCCAGAAUGGCUCCGGAAAUACGUUGUAUAUGGGCGGGAGGUGCUGGAGCGCAAAGAGCCCCCUGAUGUCCACGUUUCUGGGAAAGAGGAACAUAGGGUCCUGACAUUGUCCUGCCACGUGUACGGAUUCUACCCUGGGAUCAUCGGGAUCAACUGGAUGAAGGGGGAUGAAAUCUGGGAUCAGGAGACGGAGUGGGGCGGGAUCGUUCCCAACAGCAACGGCACCUUCCACAGCUGGGCCAGGAUCGAGGCGCUGCCGGGGGAACGGGAGCAGUACCGGUGCCGGGUGGAGCACGCUGGAAUGCCGGAGCCUGGGAUCUUCGCCUGGGAGCCGGAAUCCAUCUGGAAUUCCACCCCGGUGUUGGUCGCUGUGUCCGUCAUCGCUGCCGUCAUCGUCAUCAUCGGCCUCAUCACAGUUGGUCUCUGGAAGCUCUGAGCCAGUAACUCACGGGAUGGGGGUCGGGAAGGGGCCCGGAUCCGCCCGGCAGCAUUCCGGGGAUCCUGUGCCAUGGGUGCUGAUCCCGCUUUCUUUCCAUAGGGAAGAGGGAGGGCAAUGGAUACGACCCCGCACCCACCAGAAUCACAGUCUGAGCGAUCAUGGAGCUGGAUCCGCCCCUUCCCUCUCCCUGCGGAAAGGCAGGAGCUGCUGGCAGAGCUCAUCCUGCUGCUCCCACCCAGCCUGACCCCCUGCGACUCUUCCUGAUGGAUCAACUUCCUGCUUUUCCAUGUGUGAAACCCAGAAGCACAAUUAUUGCUGAAGCUUUAAAUGUGGUGGGAAAAUCUCCUGCUUUGGGCAGUAAAUCCUGGUUCCCUCCUCCAGCACCUGGCAGUUCCUCUCUGGGAACCAGGAAUGGGAAUGAGGAUGGGGGAAUGGGGACACUGGGAGCAGGUUGGAGACACCAGGGAGUGGGAAUGGGGACAGGGAUGGGAACACCAGGAGUAGGAAUUGGGACAGGGAUGGGGACACCAGGAAUGGGAAUGGGGACAGGGAUGGGAACCCCAGGAAUGGGAAUAGGGACAGGGAUGGGAAGGUGUCUCUCCAGGAGCUGGUUCAAUACAAAGGUCGGUCCCUCGCUCGAGGCCACGGCUUCUUUGGGAAUGUCUGGGAACCAGGUGUCAGGUUUGCAAAGAGCUGCUGGAAUGUUUUCCCAAUGCCGCCCCCCAUUCCCCCAUCUGUGUAUCCCGGGAUGGGGUGGGGGCGGAGCCGCAGGCGCUGGGCAGCGGCAGUGGGGACAGGGCAGCUCUGGGGACACCGCGGUGGCCGCGGGGAAGGUGGGGAGUCCUUUGUUCGGGGCUCUGCACGGAGCAGAGCCCGGUUUUCGGCCGCCUCUUUCUCUUGCCCUGAGAGGACAUUUUGUUUUCCCGCGGGACACCUCGCAUGGGACGAGCGAGAGAGAGAGAGACCGACCCAUCUCGGAGCGAGGGGUUCUGCUUUGGGACUGCCUGGGGGACCAAAGGCCCUUUCCAGGCUGGCUGCGAGCACACGUGGCUGCGAGAGCUUUGACCUGCCGGCACAGCCCUGCCUUUCCCCUGCCCCCUGCCUGGCUCGCCGUGGGUUUUCCCCCCCACCUGGGCAUUUGGGACUUGGUUUGGUUUCUUCGGAAAGGUUUUGGUGGCACCGUUUGUUGUUUGUUCAUCUUUUGGGGAUAAAAAGCUGUUUCUUUUCCUUUCCUACA